CAUUCCUUCCCUCACAAUACACAACACUUUCCACAACAAGUGUAACAUAUUAUUAUUGGUGUUGUUACUAUGGAACAUACUAAUAUUAUUAUUAUUACCAGAAAACUCUCUUUUAUUCUCAUCUUUUUCUCCUUCUUCUACGCAUGCUUUGAAUUGCAAACGUCAAUGUCCGGUCCGGGACUGGCAUGCGAUCCCAGCAACGGCGUUACGAGGUCUCUACCGUUCUGUAGGACGAAUUUGCCCAUACAAGUCCGGGUCCGAGACUUGAUCGGACGGCUGACGUUGCAAGAGAAGAUCACGCACCUGGUGAACAAUGCAGCCCCGGUGGAGCGGCUAGGCAUCCGGCGCUACGAGUGGUGGAACGAGGCGUUGCACGGCGUCUCGAACGUGGGCCCCGGCACCCGGUUCGGCGGCGCCUUCCCCGGCGCCACCAGCUUCCCUCAAGUCAUCACCUCUGCCGCCGCUUUCAACUCCUCCUUGUGGGAAGCAAUUGGACGGGUGGUGUCGGAUGAAGCAAGAGCAAUGUACAAUGGAGGGGCAGCAGGGCUAACAUUUUGGAGCCCAAACGUGAACGUAUUGAGAGACCCACGGUGGGGGAGAAGCCAGGAGACACCGGGGGAGGACCCUCACGUGGUGGCCCAAUAUGCAGUCAGCUAUGUAAAAGGUUUACAAGGUGGAGACAAUCCCAAUAACCACUUGAAACUUGCUGCUUGUUGCAAGCACUAUACCGCUUAUGACCUUGAUGAUUGGAAGGGCAUUGAUCGUUACCACUUCAAUGCUAGGGUAAGUGCCCAAGACCUAGAAGACACCUACAAUGUGCCCUUCAAAGCUUGUGUAGAAGAAGGGAAGGUGGCAAGUGUGAUGUGCUCCUACAACCAAGUUAAUGGAAAACCUACUUGUGCUGAUCCUAAUCUCUUACGUGGGGUUAUUCGUGGUCAGUGGCAUCUUAACGGAUACAUAGUCUCUGAUUGCGAUUCAGUUGGCGUAAUGUUUGAGCAACAACAUUUUACUGAGACACCAGAGGAUACUGUCGCCGCCACUAUCAAAGCAGGGUUGGAUUUGGACUGUGGGCCUUACUUAGCAAUCUAUACAGAGAAGGCUGUACGUACAGGAAAGCUUAGCGAAGGUGAUGUUAACAAUGCACUAUCUAAUACGUUGACGGUCCAAAUGAGAUUGGGCCUCUUUGAUGGAGCGCAACAGCCUUAUGGUUAUCUCGGCCCAAAGGAUGUGUGUAGCCCGGCCCAUCAACAACUUGCUCUCCAAGCAGCCCGGGAAGGCAUUGUUCUUCUUAAAAAUACUGGACGUUCAUUGCCGUUGUCGCCCCAGCGUCACCGCACUGUUGCAGUAAUUGGGCCCAAUUCGGAUGUCACAGUCACCAUGAUUGGCAAUUAUGCUGGUGUUGCAUGUGGUUAUACAACACCGUUGCAUGGAAUUGGAAGAUAUGCUAAGACAGUUCAUCAGCCGGGCUGCUCCGGGGUUGCCUGCACAACCAACCAAAACUUUGGCUUUGCGGAGAUUGCCGCCCGCCACUCAGACGCCACUGUCCUAGUCAUGGGGUUAGACCAAUCAAUCGAAAGAGAAGCUAAGGACCGUGUAAGCCUCCUCUUACCAGGAUUGCAGCAAGAGCUCGUGGCAAGAGUUGCCAGGGCUUCCAGAGGUCCUACUAUAUUAGUUCUUAUGUCUGGUGGCCCUGUGGAUGUCACAUUUGCCAGAGACGAUCCUAAAAUUUCUGCCAUUUUGUGGGCUGGCUAUCCUGGCCAAGCUGGGGGUGCUGCCAUUGCUGAUAUUUUGUUUGGAACUGUCAAUCCAGGUGGGAGGCUACCAAUGACAUGGUACCCAGAAAACUAUGUGCAAAAGGUGGCUAUGACUAACAUGGAAAUGAGAGCUGGAGGAGGGUACCCUGGGAGGACCUACAGGUUCUACAAGGGGCCAGUGGUGUUCCCAUUUGGGGCUGGAAUGAGCUACACCAACUUCAAGCAAAGCUUAGCCCAAGCCCCAACUACUCUUUCAGUGCCCCUCCUUGCAACAAGUGCAAACAUGACCACAAAGUUGAAUGAUGAAGUUAAGGUUGCACAUACCAACUGUGACUCUCUCAACUUAGAGCUCCACGUUGACGUGAAGAACACGGGCGAAAUGGACGGAACUCACACCGUCAUGCUCUUCUCUGCCCCGCCCCGCCUCGCCAAGAACACGGCACACCCUGAGAGGCAAUUGGUGGCCUUUGAGAAAGUUCAUGUUAUGGCUGGAGCUAAGAAGAGAGUAAGGCUCAAUGUUAAUGCGUGUAAACACUUGAGCGUUGUUGAUGAGUUUGGGGUUCGAAGAAUCCCAAUGGGUGAACACAGCAUUCACAUUGGCAAUGAUCUCAAGCAUUCUGUGUCCCUGCAAACAUCCAAUUUGGAACAAAUAAAGGUAUAAAAAAGAUUCUUGAGGAUACUAGCUAGGAUGAUCAAGAUCAAGAACUUUAUUUAUUGGAAUAUGUGUUGCUAUACUCUUUUUUUCUGUCUUUUUUUACAAACAUCAUAGCAUUUGCUUCUUUUCUUCAAAAGGGGGUUAGGAGCAUCAUCAAGUGUAAAAAGGCAUGAUUGAUUGUCAAAUAGAAAAAAAGAUGCAUCAAAUAGCCUUACUAGCUAGAUUAGAGAUUGGAGAAGAAUAAAUGUGAAAGUUUAUGUAAUUGGGUUGUUCCAUACAAUAAUGUGGAGCGAUACUUAUCAUGUGUAAUUUGCUGAAAAACAAAUAUAUAUGAUAUGGUUGUUUUGGAAUGAA